AUGCUAUUCGCAGUCGCUCCGUGGUGGCAUUUUCUGCCCUUUCCGACGUCUCCGUCCAGCCGGCUGCGCUGCGAGACCGCUGUGCUGCGCGAGUCGCCGCGCGUUCCCGCUCGCUGGCAGGCGACCCCGGACUGCGAGCGGCCCGUGCGAUGGCGGGAGCUCGUGCCGAGCCUCGUGACUGUCGAGCAGUUUCUCGCGGCGAACGAGCGCGCCGAGGCUCGCGGGCGGCUCCUCGCAGUCAAAUUCUACUCGCAGCGCUGCCGCGCGUGCCUGCGGAUUGCAGCCAAGUACCGGCGGCUCGCGCUCGACUUCUCCUCCGGCGUCGACUGCUACGAGGCGGAGCAGCGCAGCGCUCGCCCUCUCCUCGACGCGCUCGGCGUGACGUCGGUGCCGACGCUGCAGAUAUACCGCCCGCACGGCGUCGUGAUGCUCACCAGCGGAGCCUACAGGCCCGAGGAGCUUCCGCGGGUGGACAAGCGCGUGCGAACCGCCCUCCGCAGCAUCCGUGAGCGGCCCGGCCUCUGGCUUAGCCGGGGCGAGCGCCUCGAGGCCACCCUCCGAGAGCAGUCCUCCCCUCCCUCCACGCGCCCACCCUAG